AUAAUAGCCAAUUCUUAAGAAUGUCUUCUACAUUGACUCCUGUGAUCUCUACUAACGCUCCUCCAGCAGCUGCCUCCUACUCGCACGCAAUCAAGGCCAACGGAACAAUAUACGUCUCCGGUCAAAUCCCAUUCACUCCUGAGGGUAAAAGGGUCGAGGGAACGUUCCAGGAGAAGUCCGACCGUGUUAUCCAAAACGUUCUAGGCGUUUUGAAGGAUAGUAACUCUUCCCUUGAGAAGAUUGUCAAGGUGACCGUCUUCCUCACCGACAUGGAGAACUUUGGAGCUUUCAACGAGGUCUAUUCCAAGUAUUUCAACACUCACAAGCCAGCAAGAUCGUGUGUUGCUGUGAAGCAACUGCCACUAGGCGUUGAGGUGGAGAUGGAGGUUGUUGCGUUGGAGAACUAAGUGUAUAGCUGAAUAAAAUCUCCGGAAGGAUUUCUGUCACGUGAUACAAACCCGGGUUUCCCGUAUAUUAAAAUUUUCAAACUUUUCAAAAAUUCUUUCUAAACAUCAGCCAUGGCCCAGAGAGUGACUUUUAGAAGAAGAAACCCAUACAACACCAGAUCUAACCAGAUUAAGGUGGUCAAGACUCCUGGUGGAAAGCUUGUUGCACAACACCAGAAAAAGGCCGGUACCAGACCAAAGUGUGGUGACUGUGGAAUUGCUCUUCCUGGUGUCGCCUCUCUUAGACCAAGACAAUACGCUUCCAUUUCCAAGACCCACAAGACUGUCUCGAGAUCUUACGGUGGAUCCAGAUGUGCAAACUGUGUCAAGGAGAGAAUUAUCAGAGCUUUCUUGAUUGAAGAACAAAAGAUCGUCAAGAAGGUGUUGAAGGACCAAGCUGAGAAGGAGAAGGCUAAGAAAUAGGUUAAUCAAAUUAAACUGUCACUGUGAAUUAUACAUCAUUAGAUUCGUAUGCUGAGUAUUUGGCAAUGUAGUAGUGCACAAGGUCUUUGUAGGCUGUUGUGUCGUCACAUUUUAGCAGGUUAGCCAUGUCAAUGUUGAGUGGACUCAGUGGCUCUGGAUUUGCAAGCAAUACAACUAUUGCAACCAGUGCGCUUUGCAGAGUCCAUGCAGGUGACCAUUUCUGCUGUAAAAUGUCAAGACAGAUCUCACCUGUCUUGAAGUUAACAUUUGGAUGGGGCAUUUUGUAACACAUUUUGCGAGCACCAGAACUGGUUUUUCUCUGUAACUGCCUUAUUUUCUCUUCGCCAAACACCACAAACUUGAUUUUCGGGGGGUCUAGCGGAUAGUUUGUAGGGAUAUCGAUUUCCAGUUUCCACAAUGCAUCUUCAAAGGGGGAUUGAUAUGGGCCUCUAAUCACAGCGCUCCACCUGAAAAGCCCAUCUUCCAAAGGAUGCAGGUCAACAAUCCCCGUAUCGUGAAUUGGUGACCUUUUCUCUGUCAACUCUUUCUUAACAGCACGAUAUUCCUUCAGAAGCCGCUUUUCUGUAGAAGACAUGAGGGGAGCAAAUUAUUUGCGUCGAUCGACCUUGGCUGUAAAAAUCAUAAGUUUUAUUCUACCUCCCCACACCGGUUCUUAUCGGUCAAAAGCUAAAUCAUAUAUAUAUUAUAUAUUCCCUUUGACACUAUUUUGAGUUGUUUCCAUGUUCAAAGUUGCCAGCCGCAAAUCUAUUACCUUCAAGUCAUCCGUCUAUCCUUGGGCCAUCCGGAAUGCCUCCAGCGCCUCUAACGCGCCCGAGUCUGCGCCAGAGCAUGCUAUGGACCAGGAAUCUUCUGGUGACGUGCAACGCCCCAAGAAAACUCGCAAGAACUACAUUUCCACCUUCCCACGCGUGCCAAGCACUAACAACAUUCGCGAGAAAGAUCUGUUGCUGGAGCAGUUUUUCAACGGCCACCUUCCGCUUACGAAACCUAUAGAGCACAACCACCCAGCCACGCCAUCCUUGUCAUUUUCCCCGAACGCAUAUAAGAAAUCCAAGGUUCAGAAUUCAUCGAUCCUGGAUAACCUUAAGAAAUACAAAGACUUGAAACGCAAGAAGUUGGAUGAUAAUUAUCACCCAUUUUACAGUGCUCAUAAAAAAAGUCAGUCGGCGGGCAUUUUGACCCACAGCUCUCUGGACACUCAGGAGCACAAUUUGGAGAUGCUGAAUUUACCCACAAGCUACUUACAGUCACUCAAGCCAUUCAAGGCUCCGCCAAGUCCGGGGAACGAGGCUUAUAGAGACGAUAUUAUUUAUGUUCGAAAGCUUGAAAUCGAGGAGCGCAACCUCAAGCAGCAGGAGGAGAUCAAUAGACGGAAAUCCACACGGACGUUUGUUCCCAAUGCGGGACUCAACGAACCCGAAUCACCAGGCAUUGGGUCUCACUCUUCAGACGACGAAGAAUACGAUGAUUUCUUCGAGGAAGAAUACAGUUUCGACUUUGAUUUUUCUCACCAAGUGGUGAACUUCGACCCGGUGAAAGUACACUCUGCCUUAUUCAAGCUGUUGCGGAUCCACAAUCCGAAAAGACCGUGGAAAUAUGAUCAUUGGCCUCUUUUCGCUUCGCUAGCAGGUUUUUGCGAUGCGUAUACCCAGCCCUCCGACAUGGACUACAGUUACGAACACGUCCUGUCUCUCAGACGAAUUGCCAACGCAGUAAUCGCGCUGAACUACAACACACACUCCCGUUCUGAGACCCCUCGGUUUGAUCUUGCCUUUGCGUUAGCCAACAUAGUUGAAAAAAUAACCGUCUUGCUAAACUGCUCGGAUUAUGAGAGACUCGCAAACGUCAAUAACGACGAUACUCACUGGGAGGAAAAUUUACAUAUUUGGACGCCGCACAAGACACUAUCUGGCAUAACUAGCCUUGCUGACGGGUUCCAUGAUUUGAAACUACUCUACAACAUCGCCACAGUUUCCGUGUACUGCAUAUAUCUCCUCUACAAAAGAGUCGGCUACAGUUCAGACAUCGGUUCAUAUAACCCGUUCGCCGAUUUUUUCUUCCAACUCUGGGAAAAUAUAACUCUGGUUAUCAUAUAUGGCUUGGAGAUAGAUCGCAGAGACGAGAAGCUCAAUUUUCCAGGAUAUCCGCCGAUUGUGCGACAAGUAAUCAAAGGAUGUGCUGCUCUGAGAUCAAUCACGGCUGCCGCAAUCACAGCGAAGGACGAAAACUAUGUGCACGAUCUUGAACACAGCUCGCUAUUUACGUUUAUGCGACCUCUUGGCCGUCGCGCAAUUACCGGGUCAUUGACGAACAAAAACGACAUCCACAUCUUGCCUGCCCGCGUUGGUAGCAUUGAUUUUGAGAAUCUGCCGUUCAAACUGAUCCUGAAUGAUAGAUACGACGAAGACGUCAUGUACAUGUUCGAGCUGAGUCUAACGAGAGACGUGAAGGACGAUCCAUAUUUUGCACACCACCCGGACAACGAUUCUGACUUUGAUAUCGACUGCGAGUUCCAUCCAAGCUGCCCCUGUGACACGGAGCGAAGAAAACGACAACAGGCUAUCAUAAAGUCUCUGGGUGACCCGAUCAAGGACACGUUAGAAGAGAAAGAUCCAUUCUUGCCAGAUGAUAUUCUCCAACCUCAUUAUUCGCCGAUUCCUCUCCAGUUUGAUGAGCUGGGGAACGAUCUGCGAGAAAUUCCACGAGGACCAAAUACACAGCUAACCGACGAGUUCGUCGAACUCUUACAUAAGUCCCAAGACGAUGUGGACAUAUUCUUCACAUCUCCGGACGAACUGCUCGACCACCUAGACUAUGUGUUUGACGACACAGACCACGCGUGUCCUUGCGAGAAAGUGGUGCGCAGUGUUGCCUGGAUUGUCAUGUACGAAUAUGAGGCGAGCUUAAUGACCGAAGAUGAGUUGCUACAGAAAGAAAAUGAUCCUGCCAUAUCAACGGAGGAGCUAAUUAAUGUUGUUUGCGACUCAGUAAACUACAAGAUUUUAGUGAAGCGAAACCCAAGUCUCUACUUUGCCAUGAUGGACGAGCUUCUGAUGACCCCUGGUGCUAGAUUAAAACUUCUACGUCAUCUUUGCAUGCAGCAGUACCAUCACUGGCAGGUAACGUAUCUUCACGACCUGCUCAUCGAAGAGCGUGGAAAAAGACAAAAUGAUAAGAAUUCUCCUUUGGGACGCAUAGAAUACCCAUUCAGUCGAAAAGGGCCCUUGAUCUUGACCGAUCACGAAAAGAGUGUUGUUGUCGACACCUUUUUGUCAAAUCAGUUUGAUCAGUUGAGACAGGUGGGCGAGGACAAGAACUCGUAUGAGAUUCCCUUAAAAGUUAUUUGCAUAAUGCUCAAGUCACUCAAAAUUAAGGGAGUAUGUGUGCGCAACAUACAGAAAUUUAGAAUCGAGCUCCAGAGUUGGCUAAUUCAAUCAGGAGGACUGGGAAAGUUUCCUGAAGCACGUGAGCUGUUUUUCGAUAGCCAGAAUGAGACUCUGAUUGCCGAAGAGGAGCCAAGACGGUUGAACACGGACAUAGAUCGCAUUCCCGAAGUGGAGCAGGACGGCCCCAAGCUUGGUGCCUUGCUUCUGUUGAAACUUUUCAAAGAUGAAGGCACUGUCUUGUUGGACCUAUUGCUGAACUUUGGCCAAUACUAUCCAAAGAAACGUUCUGAAAUUCUGUUUUUUCUCAGCGACUUGGACAGGUUGGAAGACACGUUUACCAGCCAGAUGCAAUUGGUUGUUAUAUCCGAUUAUGUGUUCAUGUAUAUAUGGCGUGCACUUCAGUGUCGGGAUGCGAAUGCAAUUAGGAACAUGCUGGUCUGGACAAGGUUGAUCGACGAGAAUUACGACUGUUUGCCGAAAAUCCAAGACUUCAUCAACCACAAAUUUGACAAUGUUUCCUGAUAGAAUAAUAAAGUGAGUAAUGCAAACAUUGGCUCAGAGCGCUUUUUGCUUAGCUUCUCUUCCCUCCCAUAGACUAUCAUCAAGAAAGUAUAGCCAGCUGAACAUGUUCCACGAGCUUAUCACACCAAUAGCGCAGUAUGUGCUGUAUGCCAUGAGUCUCAGAAACUCAAAUCUUCGUAAUACUUCAAAAUUCCUGGACUGUAUGUCAAGGAGCUGUAUCACACAUGACAACGGAAUAAGCCCCACUAUAUAGAAGAAAUUGAGCCUAUCCAGUAUGAAGACACGACGUGACAUUGUGGAACUGAAAUCGCAAACCUCAUUGAAACUAUUCGAGAAUAUCACAAACCACACAAAGGUGAGCAGUGCUUUGAAAAGCCAUUCUGCAGAACCGAAAAGAAGCGGGAACAAUGAGACAUAACCAGACGCAGUGAGGGUUUCGUAAAGUGGAAGCAACUUUCGAUCGCGAGGGAUCAAAAAAGUGAAGGGCACAAUGAUUAGCAUGAUGGCUUUCUCGUGAACAUGCCAGCCAAAUAGAAAGGAUGCCCAUGCACACAAGGUCAUGGAUCCAAUGAACCGCUCAAAAGUUGGGUUCAGGAAUAAAGGCACCAGGGACAGUGACUGAUAAAAUAGCGUCAAUAGGAAGGUGUGGUUUGGCUGUAUAUUAGGCAGAACAAAGAACUCGACGUCCCCCACCAAUCCUCGGGUCAAGGUAUUUGCAGUUUUUAGUCUCUCUAGGUCCAAUUGUUUGAAGAUAAGUGAUAGAAUAGGGGCGGAACCGGGUACUCUUAAGGCCACCUGAAUCAAGACUCUAUCAAUCAAAGAAUAUAUGGCCCAUAUAUUGGGAGCCCAAUAAGCGUGCGUGAGUCCUCUUGAAAAAGGGAACAGUCGUUGGAGCACAAUGUAUAACUGUCCAUAAUAGAUGAAAGGCCCAAAUGCCACCGCAAACACGCCCAACACAACAGAAGCCAAUUUGAAUAGGUUUUUCCAUUUCACGAAGUUGAACGUAUCGCUGACAGUAGUUGGAAAUCUAGCUUGCCAAUCCAGACAGUAGGCCGAGAGAAGGUAAACAAAGUAGGAAGGGGCAAUGUAGAGGAAAAUAUGCUUGAAACACAACAAAACAGCAAACCAGAAGCCGCACUGAAGAUAGUUACCGAGCUUGGCGUUGACUAUGGACAAAACCAGAAUGCCCAUCAAAAACCCAUUGUACUGGAAAUGAAUAUGAUCCACCAUGAAGAAGCCUGGCGACAGGGCAAUGGAGGAAGCAACCACGAAAUUGCGCUUCUUUUCUUUCAGAUUGGACGACUUGCUAACAAAAUACUGCAGCGAUAUGAAGAGCACUAUUUCACUCACUAUGACUGUGCUUCUUUGGAAGAUAACAGUUGGCAUUCCAAACUCUCCUUUAGCCACAAGACUGAUACAACCAUCUUGCGACACGCUGGUGGGAACAAAAAGUGACAAAAACCACUCGAAGUAGGCAAAAAAAGGAGGAUAAUCAAGAGUCCACUCGCUCGUGUUUUCUAGAUACCACCUGUUUAGGGGCAAUAAUUUGGUGAUUGAGAGCCAAUUGCGAUGCACAUCAAAAUCUGUGGAGUAGUAUGCCGGAAACAGCAGAAUUUUAAGCAGCGUAGAAGCCACCCAAAUGUUCCACAGCGAGAAAUUAUACUGGGUG